AUGGCCGCGCCAACACCUUCAGGCAAACCGCGACCUACCAUUGUCCUCGGAUGUGCGAGCUUCGGCUCGGAAAUCGAUCCGCUCACCAGGCACCAUACAACUCAACAAGCAUCUGAACUCUUCGCGGCAUUGACUCGCCACAGACACAACAUCAUCGACACAUCUAGACGGUACCCGGCACUUGCCGGCGGUACGAGCGAAGAGCUCAUCGGCUCGACACUGCGUUCCGCGGCGUUUCCUGACAUCGAAAUCGACACCAAAGUACUCUCGGCGCCGGGCUGCCACAAGCCAGAGAACAUUGCCAAAUCCAUCUCCGACUCACUCCGUGCUCUGCGUGUCGACUCGGUACGGACCAUCUACUUGCACUACCCGGAUCGCUCUGUCCCCUUGAUCGAGCCCAUUCGAGCCUUGUCCCACGCCGUGGACAUCGGACAGGCCAAGCAGUGGGGCUUGUCCAACUACACGAUAGAUGACGUGCACGAAGUCUUGUCUCUCUGCAAGAAGCAUGGUUUGGUCAAACCCGCGAUCUUCCAGGGCGAGUACAACGCGAUCAACCGCGACAGCGAGGAGCUUAUUACCUUGUUGCAUGAGAACGGAAUCGCUUUCUACGCCUACAGUCCCGCGGCGGGUGGGACGUUGUCGCCAACGGGCUCUAGGAUAGCAGCACAGGGUCUCGGGGGCGAUCGCACCAGGCAACUCUAUGGCACCGAGCCGGUUCAGAAGGCAAUACAACAGGUGAGAGAUGUGGCGGAGAAGAACGGACUAAAUGGCCACGAGACCGCUAUAAGGUGGGUUGUGUGGGAUAGCAUGCUGGAUGAAAAGUACGGAGAUGGGGUGAUUAUCGGAGCGAGUAGCGUGAGCCAGCUGGAGGAGACACUGCGUGCGAUCGACGAGGGUCCGCUGCCCGGUGAAGUAAAUCAAGCGAUCGAGGGUAUUUGGGCAUCCAUGUUGAAGGACAAGGCGAGAAAGUGA